UUCCUCACUUACUAACCAUAGCUCAGAGGUUGCAGUCUAGGCGGUACAUAGAAGUCUGUGUUCACGGUUUGUUUCAGGAGAAAAUUAUUGCGAGCGGGUUUUGACGACACGAUCCUGUAUUUCUGAAUUCUAUCCGCUUCGAAUGUCCGUCUCGAGCAGAGUGGAAAGGAGCUAAAACUGUAACAGCAUGACUGACGCCGGCCAAUGUAAAAUCAACAAGAGCUUUCACUUCAAGUGGAACAACUAUCAGAAUCAUCUGUCCGACGUCGUGCGGCAGCUCCUGGACGAGGACUGUAUGGUGGAUGUCAUCCUGUCUGCGGCUGGCCAGCGUAUUCACGCGCAUCGCAUUGUCUUGUGCGCGUGUAGCAUUUUGUUUCAAGAAGUGCUUAGUCAAGUAACGGAAGAUUACCCAACGAUUAUUCUAAGCGACAUAUCUCCUCAGGAUAUAAAAUCGAUUAUCGAAUUCGUGUAUCACGGCGAGAUCCGUGUUCCCGUCGACAAUAUCAGCAGCUUGCUCGAGGCGGCGCGAUCGUUGCAAAUAAGUGGCCUUGUCGACAUAGACGGAGUUGGAGAGAGCGAAGUUGUUAAAAGUCAAAAAGAUUCUACGGAAGAGACCACGACGGAGGCGGGGGAGAUCGAGGACAAUGCCGAGUCCCUGGAGAGUGACUCGCGCGAUCCGAGCACCUCUGAGAAUUGUAUCCUAAACAAAAAGAAGAAACGUCGCCGUGAAAAUGUCAAGAGAUAUUACAAUGACGACAUGCUGGCGUCUGCAAUUAGCGACUUGAAGCUGGGGCAGACUCUAAUAGAGGCUGCUACUAAACACAAUAUACCGCGCUCGACGUUGUACAUGCGGGCGAAAGCACUGGGCAUACAUUUGAAUGCGUCGAGGAACGGAUAUCCCGCGGAGUGCAUGAGUGCAGCCAUAAAUGCCGUCAUCAAUGGCUCGAGCUUGCAGCAUGCAUCGGAGAUAUUUAGAAUACCUAAAACCGUGUUGUGGAGACGUUUACAAAAGGAGGGCUAUCAAACCCUACGUCCCGAGAUGAAGAGGUCGUACGCUUUGGACACGCGGGAGGCCGCGGUCAAAGCUCUGGAGAGGGGGGAGAAUUUGACGAAGGUUGCCCUGGAAUUUAAAAUACCAAAGACUACAUUGUUUAGAGAAAAGACACGGCUGGUAGAUCAAGGUAAACUGCCGUUGUCGUUUUGGAAGAAGCGCAAAACCGAGAACGAGGAGUUGAAAAAGUCGCGACUGGAAGAAGCUGUGGCUGCUUGCAGGGGUGGCAGGAUGUCGCAGGCCACGGCGUCCAUGACCUAUCACAUUCCGAAGACUACGAUAUGGCGAAGGCUUCAGCAGGAUGGGAAGAAGGUGGAGAAGGCGUCGAAUGCGAAGAAGCAGCAACGGCUGGUCGAUACGUCAGUGUCGCAUGACGCUCAGACGAAGAUGCAAGAGACGUCCAAUUUCAGUUACUGCGAGGUCGCGUCGGAAAUACCUAUAACUUAUAUAGACGAGGAUAGUAUACCUGAGGACUCCGUGAUAAUCCUGACGACGGAGGAAAUGGACGAACUGAAUCUAGAGGGAGGCAGACAAAUUAUUGUAAAUUCGGAAUCCGGACAGGAAUAUAUCCCGUGUACAAUAAGUAUCGAGGAUAACGCCAACUAUUCGGGGGCUGAGAGUUAGCGUUAGAGAUGUAGAUAAUGAGAAGCGCCGAUUAAUUAUCUCGUAAUUAAUUGCUUGCGUGACUAUGCAAGUGUUAUUUAUAAUACUUCAGCAAGGUGUACUAUAUUAAUAUUGUUGCAUACGAGGUCUGUACAAAAAGUGUCCAGCCUGAUUUUUUUUUCCACGCUAACGAAGGAUGAUGUAGGUAUGGCAACUCGUAGAAGGGAUCUUCCUGUGCCUGCAUGAAUAUUUGUAGCCUUGCAGCAGCGCCGGUCGCGAAAGUGUAGCUACCAGAGACUGGCUCCGUGUAACGCGUGCUCGUCGCAUUCACAUCUUCUCGAAGAUGACCGAACGCGUGGAGCAGCGGCAUUCGCAAGAUCCAGCAGGCUUUCAAAGAUGGUGCAAUGGGGGUUGCUCAAAUCAAAGUAUUCAUAGUCCGUUCUUAUGUUUAAGAUCGUUUUAAGUAGACUCUUAAUGUGUUUUCAACCAAUCGCAGAGCCGUAUUAGCGUCUUAAGACAACACUUAAGAUGAUUUUGAAAUAAGAAUCGACUAUGAAUGCUGGCCAUAGUGUGGUACAACCGGUUCAUAGAUUGCCGCGUGUCCGCGGAGAGUGACCGGUUGUACCACACUUUGAUUUGAGCAACUGUAAUUGCAUCGUCUUCGAAAGCCUGCUGGAUCUUGCGAAUGGUUUCUGCUUGGGUAUCCCCAAGUUUCUGGCAGUACUUGACGCAGUACCGCUGCUCCACGCGUUCGGUCAUCUUCGAGUUACACGGAGCCAGUCUGUGGUAGCUAUACUUUUGCGAUCAGCGUUGCUGGGGGGGGGGCUACAAAUAUUCACGCAGGCGCAGGAAGGUCCCUUCAUCCUUCGUUAGCGUGAAAAGAAAAUCAGGCUGGAUACUUUUUGUACAGGCCUCGUAUGUAUGUUUAUUUUUGACAAGUGUAUAAAGUAUCUUUGUACAAAGUUGGAGGAUGCAAUGUAAGGGGGACACGCUUAGUUUGUAAAAGCGAAAUGAAGAUUUGUGUGAGCUGUA